CGUUCUCUCUAUCAAUGACUUCUCACAUCAAAAGUUUCUACAUCUCUCUCCUUUAAUCAUUCUUUCACCGUUUUCAGUUUAGCGUUUUAACAAUGGAGUUGGAUCUUUCACCUAGACUACCGAAGAAAGUGUACGGAGGAGACGGAGGUUCGUACUUUGCAUGGUGCUCUGAAGAGCUACCCAUGCUACGUGAUGGCAACAUUGGAGCCGCUAAGCUUGCUCUCGAGAAGUAUGGCUUAGCUCUUCCUCGCUACUCUGAUUCCUCCAAGGUCGCUUACGUUCUUCAAGGAUCUGGAACAGCUGGAAUUGUUCUCCCUGAAAAGGAGGAGAAAGUGAUUGAAAUCAAGAAAGGAGAUUCCAUAGCUAUACCUUUCGGUGUGGUGACAUGGUGGUUCAACAAUGAAGACGCUGAGCUGGUCAUCCUCUUCCUUGGUGAGACUCACAAGGGUCACAAGGCAGGAGAGUUCACCGAGUUUUACUUAACCGGUUCCAACGGAAUCUUCACCGGUUUCUCAACCGAGUUUGUAGGCAGAGCAUGGGAUCUCGAUGAGACCACAGUGAAGAAGCUUGUCGGGUCUCAGACAGGAAACGGGAUCGUCAAAGUUGAUGGGAGUUUGAAAAUGCCUUCACCUAGAAAAGGUGACAGGGAAGGGUUUGUGUUGAACUGCUUGGAGGCUCCUCUUGAUGUUGAUAUCAAGGAUGGAGGAAGAGUUGUCGUGUUGAACACAAAGAAUCUUCCAUUGGUUGGUGAAGUUGGAUUUGGUGCUGAUCUUGUGAGGAUCGAUGGACAUUCCAUGUGUUCUCCUGGAUUCUCUUGUGACUCUGCUCUUCAAGUUACUUACAUCGUUGGUGGUAGCGGUCGUGUUCAGGUGGUUGGAGCUGAUGGGAAGAGAGUUCUUGAGACUCAUGUGAAAGCUGGUGCUUUGUUCAUUGUUCCUAGGUUCUUUGUUGUGUCCAAGAUUGCUGAUUCUGAUGGGUUGUCUUGGUUCUCCAUUGUGACCACUCCUGAUCCCAUUUUCACUCACUUGGCGGGGAAGACAUCUGCGUGGAAGGCAUUGUCGCCGGAGGUUCUGCAGGCGGCAUUUAAGGUUGCUCCGGAGGUGGAGAAGGCUUUCCGAUCUAAGAGGACUUCUGAUGCCAUUUUCUUCCCUCCUCCCAACUAGAUUAUGAACUAAGCUUUGGUGGUUUUAGUUUGGUUUGUGGUUUAAGCAAAGUGUGUUUUAUUUAUUUUCUGUUGGUUACUAUGGACUAUGGUGCUCUCUUCUCCGUGUUACGAAUUGAAUAAAUAAGAAAGGAUGAAAAACUUCGUUUAA